AUGUUAUUUCCUGCUGGCAGAAAUAAUUUACAUUCAUUUUUGCUGAAACAAAGGUGCCAUUUUCAGAUUGCUCCCGAAGAUUUGUUGCGAUUGACAGUGGGCGAUAUCCCAGCGACCACAUCCUACGAUCAGGAUUUCGAUCAUUUCGAUUUCCCGCCACGUUCCAUAGGCACUGGUGAUACGUAUGUCGAAGCCGCGUUGUCAAUUUUUGAGGAUUUAGGUUUUAUCCAGCGAUUUCGUUUGCAACGGCAUACAUUAGCUCGUUUCUUGUUGAUGGUCCAGAAGGGAUACCGCGAUGUGCCUUAUCAUAAUUGGUCACAUGCAUUUGCUGUGGCACAUUUUGCCUAUUUGCUACUGAAAACAGAUACUGCUCGUGGUGCAUUGAAUGAGCUCGAAAGUUUGGCACUUUAUGUGGCAAGUUUGUGUCACGACAUCGAUCACCGUGGUACCACCAAUGCAUUCCAAGUACAGUCGGUCAGUUUCGUUUUGAUUUUAUCUUCGCGCUAUGGCCAUAUAUCGAUUUUCAGAAUCGGUUUUUCCUCCCCAAAAUCGGUUUUUUUUUCCAGCCAAGUGCACAAAAUGUAGUG